CCCGGGGGUGGGGGAGCCGCGGCCGCUGGCGCCUGCUCCGUCCCCUCCCACUCGCACGGCCCCUUCCUCCCUCCUCUCUCGGCCGCUCGCAUUUCCUGCCGCUCUGGCUCUCCCGGCCCCUGAAAGUUCGUCCCAACUUUUUCUCCCCCGGGCGGGCGCGGCGGGCGCAGUCCGGGGGCAGGUUGCUGCGCUCCUCCUCGCUCCGCCGCUGGUCCUCGGGGAGCGGUCGCCACUCAGUGGCCCCUGGCGGUCCUUCCCCUCCCACCUCGCCCAUCCUCCCGGUCCCAGCCUCCCUCUGGCGGGACAGACCCGAGCCGGGGUGGUUCUCCUUUUCCCCUUCUCCGAGCGCCCCCGCGCCAACUCUCGCGCCGGGAUCGCGGCGGAAACCUCCCUCCUCUUUCGCCUCCUCCGGCUCCUUCCCUCCGCCCCUCCACCGCCAGCCACUGGAAUCAAUUCCUUGGGGGAAUUGGGGCUUCGCCGCUGCCGCUGCCGCCGCCGCGGAGGACAGCCUUUCCGCGCGGGACUCCGGGGCACCGACAGGGCCAUGUAAGCAGUUGCCGUCACCCUCAGCUACAACUUAAGGAGAUUGUGGGGUUUCGUCUUCAGUGUGUCCAGGGACUGCUGUUGCAGGCUCUUUGUGAAGUGACCCUCCAGAGCGCCACGCCGGGCAUGGACGCCUUUUUCUGCACCUGGAGGAGCACGGGUGCUAGUGUCAUCGCCCAGUCACAAAGCUGCUAAGGCCAUCUCAGGGGCGUGGGCGUCAGGACAGGAGGGCAGCACCCGAGGGCCACAGAGCCAUGCCUUUCGGCCUGAAGCUCCGCCGGACCCGGCGCUACAACGUCCUGAGCAAGAACUGCUUUGUCACCCGCAUCCGCCUGUUGGACAGCAACGUUAUCGAGUGCACGCUGUCUGUGGAGAGCACGGGGCAGGAGUGCCUGGAGGCGGUGGCCCAGAGGCUGGAGCUGCGGGAGACGCACUACUUUGGCCUUUGGUUUCUCAGCAAGAGCCAGCAGGCACGAUGGGUGGAGCUGGAGAAACCUCUGAAGAAACAUCUGGACAAAUUUGCCAAUGAGCCUCUGCUUUUCUUUGGAGUCAUGUUUUAUGUGCCAAAUGUGUCGUGGCUUCAGCAAGAGGCCACAAGAUAUCAGUAUUACCUGCAAGUCAAAAAAGACGUGCUUGAAGGGCGGUUGCGAUGUACACUGGAACAGGUGAUCCGGCUGGCGGGCCUAGCUGUGCAAGCUGAUUUUGGAGACUAUAAUCAGUUUGAUUCUCAGGAUUUCCUCAGAGAAUAUGUGCUAUUUCCAAUGGAUUUGGCCCUGGAAGAAGCUGUUCUGGAGGAGCUGACACAGAAGGUGGCCCAAGAACACAAAGCCCACAGUGGCAUCCUGCCAGCAGAAGCUGAGCUUAUGUACAUCAAUGAGGUGGAACGUUUGGAUGGCUUUGGACAGGAAAUCUUCCCUGUGAAGGACAAUCAUGGAAACUGUGUGCACCUGGGCAUUUUCUUUAUGGGGAUUUUCGUGAGAAACAGAAUUGGAAGACAAGCAGUAAUAUACAGGUGGAAUGACAUGGGAAAUAUCACUCACAACAAGUCAACUAUCCUGGUGGAGCUCAUCAGCAAAGAGGAGACUGCCCUCUUUCACACGGAUGAUAUCGAAAAUGCCAAGUAUAUAUCUCGAUUGUUUGCUACACGGCACAAGUUUUACAAACAAAACAAAAUCUGCACUGAACAAUCAAAUUCUCCACCCCCUAUCAGACGCCAGCCCACCUGGAGCCGGUCCUCCCUGCCCCGGCAACAACCGUACAUCUUGCCUCCCAUGCAUGUCCAGUGUGGCGAACACUACUCGGAAACACACACUUCUCAAGACAGCAUCUUCCAUGGGAAUGAAGAAGCCUUGUAUUGCAACUCGCACAACAGCCUGGACUUAAGUUAUAUAAACGGCACCGUCACCAAUGGCAGUGUGUGUAGCAUUCACAGCGUCAACUCCCUCAGUUGCUCCCAAAGCUUCAUCCAGGCUUCUCCCGUGUCCUCCAACCUCAGCAUCCCUGGGAGUGACAUCAUGCGGGCUGACUACAUCCCGAGCCACCGGCACAGCGCCAUCAUCGUGCCAUCCUACCGGCCGACCCCCGAUUAUGAGACGGUCAUGCGGCAGAUGAAGAGGGGGGUCGUGCACACGGACAGCCAGAGCCAGUCCCUGCGAAACCUCAAUAUCAUCAACACCCACGCCUACAACCAGCCAGAGGAUCUGGUGUACAGCCAGCCCGAGAUGCGGGAGAGGCACCCCUACACUGUCCCUUAUGGGCCCCAGGGGGGCUACGGUAACAAACUGGUCAGUCCAUCGGACCAGAUCAACCCAAAGAAUACCACGGUGCCAAGCAAGCCCGGGGCAAGCGCCAUCUCACACACGGUGAGCACCCCGGAGUUGGCCAACAUGCAGCUGCAGGGCACCUAUAACUACAACACGGCCCACAUGCUGAAAAACUAUCUCUUCCGGCCACCACCCCCCUACCCACGGCCCCGCCCCGCCACCAGCACCCCGGACCUCGCCAGCCACCGCCACAAGUACGUCAGCGGCAGUAGCCCCGACUUGGUGACUCGCAAAGUGCAGCUGUCCGUGAAGACCUUCCAGGAGGACAGCUCCCCGGUGGUGCAUCAGUCUCUCCAGGAGGUGAGCGAGCCCCUCACGGCCACCAAGCACCACGGCGCGGUGCACAAGCGCCACAGCCUGGAGGUGAUGAGCAGCAUGGUGCGGGGCAUGGAAGCCAUGACCUUGAAGUCGCUCAACAUCCCCAUGGCCCGCCGCAACACCCUGCGAGAGCCGGGGCCGCCCGAGGAGGUGCCGGGGAGCCACGAGGUGCCCCAGCUUCCCGAGUAUCACCACAAGAAGACUUUCUCAGAUGCCACGAUGCUGAUCCACAGCAGCGAGAGCGAGGAGGAGGAGGAGGAAGCUCCAGAACCGGUGCCCCAGAUCCCCGCGCUCCGGGAGGAGAUGGAGUACAGCGCCCAGCUACAGGCCGCCUUAGCCCGGAUUCCAAACAAGCCCCCGCCCGAGUACCCCGGACCCAGGAAGAGUGUGAGCAACGGGGCGCUGGGGCAAGACCAGGUGUGCCUUCCUCCCGCCAUCGCCAGGGCCAGGGUCCUGAGGCAGGGGCCAGCCAAGGCCAUCAGUGUCUCCCGGGCUGACCAGACGGCCAUCAACGGGUCCUCUCUUGGUCCAUCCAUCUCAGAGCCCGACCUGACAAGUGUGAAGGAGCGGGUCAAGAAAGAGCCUGUGAAGGAGAGACCCGUGUCUGAAAUGUUCUCCCUGGAGGACAGCAUUAUAGAAAGAGAGAUGAUGAUCCGGAAUCUAGAGAAGCAGAAGAUGGCAGGCCUGGAGGCACAGAAGAGGCCACUGAUGUUGGCAGCCUUGAACGGACUCUCGGUUGCUCGGGGCUCGGGGCGGGAAGAAAGUCGCGUUGAUGCCACCCGAGUUCCCAUGGACGAGAGGUUCAGAACCCUGAAGAAGAAGCUCGAAGAGGGAAUGGUGUUCACAGAAUAUGAGCAGAUUCCAAAGAAAAAGGCAAAUGGCGUUUUCAGCACAGCGGCUCUGCCAGAGAAUGCUGAGCGCAGCCGUAUCCGCGAGGUUGUCCCGUAUGAGGAGAACCGCGUAGAGCUCAUACCGACCAAAGAAAAUAACACAGGCUACAUCAACGCCUCCCACAUCAAGGUGGUGGUUGGUGGGGCAGAAUGGCACUACAUCGCCACUCAGGGGCCUCUGCCACACACAUGCCAUGACUUCUGGCAGAUGGUGUGGGAGCAGGGAGCGAAUGUGAUCGCCAUGGUCACCGCAGAGGAGGAAGGCGGACGAACCAAGAGCCACCGAUACUGGCCCAAACUGGGUUCCAAGCACAGCUCAGCCACCUAUGGCAAGUUCAAGGUCACCACAAAGUUCCGAACAGAUUCCGGUUGCUAUGCAACCACAGGCUUGAAGGUCAAGCACCUUUUGUCCGGGCAGGAAAGGACAGUGUGGCAUUUGCAAUAUACUGAUUGGCCAGAUCACGGCUGCCCAGAGGAUGUCCAAGGAUUUUUGUCCUACUUGGAGGAGAUCCAGUCGGUCCGUCGCCAUACCAACAGCAUGCUGGAAAGCACCAAGAACCAGCACCCCCCGAUCGUGGUCCACUGCAGUGCUGGGGUGGGAAGGACCGGCGUGGUCAUCCUUUCUGAGCUGAUGAUCUACUGCCUGGAGCAUAAUGAAAAGGUGGAAGUGCCCAUGAUGCUGAGGCUCCUCAGGGAGCAAAGGAUGUUCAUGAUCCAGACCAUCGCUCAGUACAAGUUUGUCUACCAGGUCCUCAUCCAGUUCCUCCAAAACUCCAGACUCAUUUAACCCCCCGGAAGAGGCACCCAGCUCCAUCUUACAGAUGGGGAAGCACCUCCAGACAACAUCUGCUCCCCCAGCAGGGCGCGGAUGGCCGGAGCAGGCAGGCCACGGGCUCCCUGAAGACAGGAGCCACGAUCAUUCACAAACAUCAUGUAUUAUUUUAUAUGAGAUAAUUUAUUUUUUUCCCCUCUUUGGAAUAACCUUUGUGAAUCAUCGUAAUGCAGUUUUCACAAUAAUGUAGUACUUUUCAUCUGAACCACAUUUUGACCGAUCUGCAUUGUAAUAGGUCAGUAGGGAGGGUUGCCUGGUGGAUUAUUUGGGGGACAGAGGCAUAAGGGAACACAUCUCUAGUGAAGUUGCAGCCAGAUUCGUAACCAGCCCUGAAAUUUGUCAGCCUAAUUGCUCACGUCCAAAUCAAAGAUGGCAAGAAAAUGAGUUCAUCCUAAAAUAUAAAGAUAAGGGCUAAGACCCUUUCCUGAGGGAGAAGAACAACACUCUUUUCUUAUAUUUGGGGGCUCCUGUGGCUUGAUGGGCAGUUCCUUCCCUUUCCCCUUUUUGCCCUCUCCCUCAGUAGUCUCUUUUUUUCCUCCCAGGCUUGAGUUAAAGACAGGAACAGCUAGAGGAAAUGCUCCCUUUCCAAUGCAGUGAUUGCCAUUGCCCGGGAUGAAUGAGGACUCUGUGUUGUAUCUUUCUCAACCACUCCUUAUUCUGGGCUCUGGAGCCUGUUCCCCUGCUGGAGAUUGCACCCUUGAUAUUUGCUGCUUCUCCCUGUUGGCUCAGUGGACCCUAGUCUGGUGGCCUUCGAGGCCCUGGGCCAGGCUGUCUGUGCAGCUAGGCUUCUUGCCUGAUUGAGAGAAGAUAAUAGACCAGUGUGGAAGAAAGAGGAGACAGGCAGGCCCUUGAUAUUGUUUCUUAUUUAAAUAUGAAGUGUGUGCUCAUGGGGAUCUGAAGGUCAAGGUGCUGGGUGCCAUGGAAAGGUUAUAAAGGAAACGGUUGGGAAAGCUGAUGUAUGGGGGCUCCUUGGCACUCAGGUGGCAGGGCCCCUGCCAGGAGCCACCCCAAGUGUCAUCCCCGCUGUGCUGCUAGCACCUCCAGCCUUUGGCCUGCAGGAUCGGAACUAAGCCCGCCCAGGACCUUGCACCUGCUGAAAUCUUGGCCCACCUGCUGAAAGAUGGUGAGAUGUGUGCUGCUUUCCUUUUCUCCAUACAGCCCACUCUGGUCAGUUGUGGUAUUAACCCUGCCCUCAGUUUGAAGCUCAGUCCUUAGUUCGUCUCCUUCUGUGCCUUCAUUGGUCAUCGUCCUUCUGAAUUUUGUAGGUUAGUACACAAUAAAUAAAUGUUCUGCACAUUUUCCCUCUUGCUGACUUCUGGGGAAUUCUUCCCUCUACUGUCUAGUUUUUCUUGAUGCAACUUUUAAUUGUGGCUUUGUUCUUAAAAUUGACUUUUGCGGGUGUUCCAUGAUGCCUUCUUCCACUGCUACCUUUUUUUUUUUUCCCUCCUGAGCUGCAAAUGCAAAGAAAGAAUGGCAUCCAAUCGACCAGAAAGAGUGCGCCUUUGUGGCUUCCGGUCACCACACCAGGCGGGUGUGGAAGCAGAUUCCUGAUGAACUACUUUGGAGUAUGAAUCAACUCGGUUUCACAUCUGGCCAGGUGUUAUGGUGGUGGUUCUCUGUAUUUGGACUCAGUAUCUGGCGAUGGAAGGCCUCCUACCUUCUCUUCCAAGGUCUAAAGAAUCAGUCAAGGAGUGGAACUUCAGCUGAGCGCCAUAGAUUCUGGAAUUUUGCUGUGUGAUCUGAAAAAGAAAACCACUAGUAUGACAUGUAUUUUCAGUGGAUCAGAGCUCGUAACCCUCACUAGGAGACGCUCAGAAAUUGGAUCAUCAGCAAGAAAAGAGGUAUUGUUUCCUUUUCCUUAGGGACUUUCCAUCCUUGGGAUAUUCUGCUGUUAGGGAUGUUUUAACGGUUGGUCUGCCGUUACUGGUUUAUUGUUUGAGGAACCACUUCGGUAUUUCUCUUUCGUCUCUCAGGCCCCAAUGUGGGCAGUGUUAAAAUGUCUCGUGUGGGCAGCGUGUAGAUCUGCUGACUCUUUGAGCUUAUCACUCACGGCCCUCCUUUCAACUCAUCCACUGUUGCCACUUGGUGCUCUGGGAAUAUUCAUGAAUGCACAAAAUGCAAAGAAGUUAGGUUCAGUAUCCAAUUUCUUAGCCAAAGUUUGUAUUGAAACUCAAAGGAAAACAUUUAAAAGUGAUUCCCCAUAUUUUGUUUUUAAAAACAAAUGCUUUUGGCCCUUGAGCCCAUUUUGCCUUCCUUUUCACAUCUCCAGUAAAUGCCAACCUAUCUCCUGUUAAAUUAGCAGGCGCCAUUUAAAGUCCUUUCAGUGGCAUCUGCAUAAUAAUUGCCCAGAGAUGCUUUAUAUCUGGGAAGCAAGCCAAGGAAUAAACCUUGAAGCAAAGUGUAUUAAAUUAGUUAUCUAGUUAGAGCUUUUGGAGUGAGUUCCUGACGAUGUAUCAAGUCUGAAGCCGGAGCUAUCGGGGUCUGUUGCUGCAGUUUCGACUUGAAGGGAGAAAAUCAAAAAUGGAGGGGGAAAAAAAAAAAAGAUACCAUCUUACAACAAAGCCACCCAACACUUUCAGGCCUCUGGUUUUGAAGUUUUUCCAGUUGAAAUGUUUUGUUUCUUUCAUCCACUCCCAUUUGGAUAUAUUGACCCAGUGUUCCUCCUUGUUUACUGUGGUCCCUGAACCAGGGGGCCUGAGUUUGAUGUCUUCGUCCUUGAGCUGAGCUGAGACUGCUUGCAAAGCCGAACCGUGUCCUGUUGUGCUUUACUGGAUUCCUUGGGCUUUAAGGGGACACCACCUUUUGGUCUCAUUUACAUUUAGACACCACUUUCCCUGGAUAGGAAGUAAAGGAGGAUUUGGCAGCUUUAGGCAGGGAUGUCAAAUGUGGAAUAUUCUGAGUAAUAAACUUCCGAGAACCCUAAAUAGAGAGAAUUUUACUUCUACAACAUUUGUGGUCCUAGAUUGAGAAGAGGAACUAUUUUUGGACUGUAAUUAGUCAGUGAUUGUUUGCCUCCAAGUCCUGUGGCCAUCUCUGGCCCCUUCCCCCACUGGCGUGGAGAGAGGGUCUUUGUGGGCUCCGCUGCGUGAAAUCCUGUGGGACUUGCCCACUGGCUUGCCCAGGACUCACUUAACCUUUAUCCUGCCUACACUCAGCUUUUGUGGUUCUGUUAUAAACACCAGUGGGUACAGUGAGUCAGCACUUUUAUCCAACUGCCUACCUUUCUUAUCUUUUCCAGCUUUAAUAUAGGUUGACCCAUAUGAAAUUUCCAAUAUUUGGACCAUAUUUUACUUACGAUAACAGAAAAUUCACAUGGAUCAACCUAACACGUACAGUUUGUUUCUCCUCCCCGAUUAGUAUGGAUCCCAACGCACCAUAUGUCAUUUCUCAAGUGCUAAUGAACACGAAAGCAUGGGCGGCUUGGCUCUUUUUGUGAACUCACUGCCUUGCUACGGCAACCCUUGCCUCACUUGAGUGGGCCAUCUCCUGGGGCUUGGAGUCACUCUUUGCAGAGAUGUUAGUGCACUUUGGAUUCUCAUAGGCAGGGUUGGCCAUCAGGCACAUGACUAGGGGGUUUUUAGCUGCCAUCCUUUCUUGAUGUACAGUCUGUAUUAGCUGACCUCAGCCCAGUGGUUAUGGAACACAGUAUAUGGGCCCGAGGUGUCCAGAGUCACAAAGCAGAAUGUGCUUUUGAAUCUCUCUUCCCCACUUCCAGUGGUGCGUGGGAUGGAGAAAGUGGGUAUAGUUAUUGAUUUUCUUUGGGGGGUAGAUCUGUCAAUCACUUGAGGUCAGGGGGUGGGCAAAUGCAGGAACCUUCUAAGAUGUGUGCCAGGGAGCUUAGACUCAAGGGUUGGGGAUUGAGUCAGAGCCAUAUUAGUGUGAAUUUACCCUUCAUUCCUUCUUCGUGUCGGGAGUAACUGUCAGGAUCCCAGAGUAAGAAAUUUCCAGAAGCACCAAGUAAUUACUGUUGGGCUCUUAAGAUGGCUCUUUGUGGGAAUACAGUUCCCUCUUGUUUUACCAAAGAUACUUCUGCAACUGUGUUUUAUUUUAUUGCCUAUGGAUUUUAUCAGACACUCAUCAUGCUCUGACUUAGUGAUUUCUUUUUGUGAGCAAAGUAACAACUCAGCUAGCACUGAUUCCAAAUGGAGAAAUUUGGGGUUUUCAUGGAGACUGCAAAAAUUUUCCAUUGGUCUAGAGCUUUACGGGUGACAAAUUAGUUGGCCCUGUAGGGUUGAAAUAAUCCUACUCGGCCCUAUAGGGUGGAAAUCUCUAGGAUGUUGAAUUAUGUUUGACACUUCCCAUGAACGCUGAGCAAGCAAGCACAAUGGUUCUUGUCUUUGCCUCAGCUUCUAAGACAUUUGGGGCAAAAGACCUUACUGAUGCAUCAUCUAUUGAAAGUAACAGCAACAUGCCUGGGAGAAAUGGGCAGGUAUAUCCAAACAAAUUCUGCCAACUCAUAUGUGUUACCCCGAAAAUCGCUGUUCUUCACGGGGUCCUGAGGAACUCGAUGGCCUGCUUGCCCAACACUCAACCUUUAUCUUGCCUGCUCCCAGCUUUUGCAUUUCCGUUAGAAACUCAGAUGCGUGAGUGUUUUUAUCCAGCUUACUACCUUACUUAUUUUUUUCCAGCUUAAAAUAGCUGUGUCUUCUUCCUCAAGGCCAAACUAAAAGGUUCUCUAUUAAAAUGUCCAUGAGCCUGGCAUUGAAUAUCUGGCAUCAAUCGAUUUCACAAGACUGCAUAAUUUAUUGUUGCUUGGUGCAGUAAAAAGGAGGACGUGCAUCAGUUCCUACUGUUUGGACCUUUGAUCAGCCCUCUCAUUUUAAAAAUAAAUUCAAGGACGUUUCAAGACAGGAGGGCAAAAGCUGAUGGGCAGCCUGAACAUGAGAACGCAUCUAUCUAAAAAGUCACUGUUCCUUCUGCCACGCUUUGGGCCAUCAAGAUCAUUCUUUCCAAAAAAUGCCAUAAGCUUGCCCAGAGAAGAGCUAUAAAUGGGAAGAGAAAGAGGAAGGCUUUUCAGACCAGCCUUGAAGUUUCUAUCGAACAGUUCUUGAUUCACAAACAAUUUUCUGAACUCGGGGAUGUCUCUCCUACUCCCUCCCUUUCUAUAAGGCCAGAGGGAUGGAGAUGAGGUGGUGCUCCUGGGAAAGACCGCGCUGCAGUGGGGAGAUCUGUUUCACCCUCACACAUAGUUGUUUUUUUAUUUUAUUUUAUUUUUGGCUGCGUUGGGUCUUCGUUGCUGCGUGCGGGCUUUCUGUAGUUGCGCCGACCGGGGGCUACUGUUCGUUGCGUGCACAGGUUUCUCAUUGCAGUGGCUUCUCUUGCUGCGGAGCACGGACUCUAGGCACACAGGCUUCAGUAGUUGUGGCAUGUGGUCUCAGUAGUUGUGGCUCACGGGCUCUAGAGCGAAGGCUCAGUAGUAGUGGCACAUGGGCUUAGUUGCUCCACGGCAUGUGGGAUCUUCCCAGACCAGGGCUCGAACCCGUGCCCGCAUUGGCAGGCAGAUUCUUAACCACUGCGCCACCAGGGAAGUCCGCACCCUCGCUCGUAGUUUUAAACCGUGUCCUCACUGUUGCAGUGGAGCUUGACGUAUGUUCUGGAUUCUGAUGCCUGCCUAGAUUCACUGCUCAGAAAGACCACCUCCCCUCACUUGCUAGUGGCCCUCCCUUUCCUUGCAACCUUAUUAGCAGAAGAUUUGCUCAACCACACGGCUCUGGAGUUAGCUAUCACAGCUCCUGUGCAUCUUGAUUGCGCCUCUUCUCCGGCCUGGUGGGGCUGCAGAGCGGAUCCCCCUUCCCAGCACAUCGUGUUUCUAAAUCAGGGCAUAAAACCCAGGAAGACGUCAGUAUAUCAGCAGUAACGGCAGUUCGUUGUCUCACUUGAGGGCACAGGUGGGACUCCUUUGUGGGGUCACCCUCUUCCAAGAGCACCCCAUUCACUUAGGGCUACGCCAGCCUUUCCUUGUUUUUCAUUUGCUUUAUGGAUCGGCUCUCGACAGCACACCUUUUCUUUCCUUUCCCUACCCUUUUAGCAACCCCUACAGAGCAGCUGAAUCUAGUCAUAGGGAAUCUCACUCUCUUAAAUCUCUCCAAAUUAUGUAGUUCGGAAAUCUAAUUUUAAUCCUGAAAAGCCUAUAUAGUUUCAAAAAAUAAAAUUUGGCAUUUAUGUAGUUUCAAGGAAUGAAAUCUGGCAAAGGGAAAGAACCAUAAUGAAAAUAGCUAGGUGCUGUCGGCAACCAGGAAGCUGUCUUUUCCCCCUUUCUCCCCUUGGCGACGGGCACUGUCACUCAGCACUAGGAGUGGAAGACAAGCUGGAUCGAUGGUCAGUCCCGUUUAGGACAAAGGUUGCACCACUCCCUCAGGCUUCUUUUGAGGCGAACUGACUUGGAGCCACAGCGGCUGCGUUUGGCAUCAUGACACGUGUAGUCGGAUUAAUUUGUUUCCAGCCUCCUCCUGCUGACUCUGUUCCCUUCACCGUCACCUCUACGCAGCCUGGCCAAUCUGGUGAAAUGGGUGAAGCUCUGGGCCCCGCAGGGACAUUUAUACGUUGCCUUGCGAUCCGUUCUCCGCUGUCUAGGGAGGGGCAGGACACGCUAUUCAUCCAGUCUGCAAUGUGUCCCAUUUUUUCUUCCUAACCUCCUCCUUCAGGGAAACACAGAGGCUGCCUCACCUGACAGAGGUUUUGGGGAAAAGCUGAAAACAUUAGAUUGGAGUCUUUUUGUGCCUUAGGGUGGAACUAGUUUGCUAACAUCUCAGGAACCCUGCUCUGCAUUGAGCUCAGCUGGCUCUCAGAGCAGAGGUGCUUGGCGUUCUCAGCAUUUCUCAGGGGCCUCCCACCUCCCUGAACUGUAUGUAGUGUUAGCUAAUAAAUACCUUCAGCUUAGAGCUGAGAGCUGUCAUUCAGAGCCAUUUUUUCCCCCCAACUUGGAGUACCGUAAAAUGUUAUUGCAACUUCCUUUGACUGAACUUUCUUGCCAGUUUGAAAUCUUAAAAAUCUAUUAACCUUAUCCUUUCAAAAGUAAGGUUGCUCUUCAUCAGAGAUGCUUUCCUGUGUAUGUCCUUUGUUCCUUCAAUAGUCAGCUAACUUGCUUGAGGAUAUGUAAAUGCGGAAAGAAAGGUUUACAUAUGCAGAUGACUAUUAGAUAACCUUAGGUAAUUUGUGUUACAUCAAGUAACAUGCUGAUCUAUUUUGUUUCACUGGACUAUUGUUGUGAGACUUAAUUCAGUAUUUUGAUGCUUUCCUUGGUCUGUGUUUUAUAAAAUGUUGUGAACUGUUUUAUCAUUCAAACCAACUGACAUUUAAUAGGUCUCAUUUCGAACGUACAGACAAGUCCCUAACGUAGAAAGCAGUUUGUUCUUAAGGGUCUUAGGUCAGCCCACAGAAGCCUUCUGAUGUCCAACACGGCUGAAUAGCAGGGCGGUGUCCGCCAGAUCUGGCUGGCAUGGGCUGACCUGGACAUUUAACCAUCUAUCAAUCAAUCAUAUUGUUGCUGUGAGAAAUGCAUUCCAGAUAGGGGCUUGGGAUCCUGAGAACACAUUCUUCUCCCCGUGGUGGGCACUUGCUACCUUGCAAGAUGGAGGUCCAGUCUCUUCACUACAAACUAAUUGUAAGGGGAGAGAGGGAGUGAGACAUUUAUAGGACGUUCCCUAAGUUGGGGAGUGAUUAAUAGUCACAUGUCAACUUUACUUUGGUAUAGACUCCCUCUCAAUUUAAUAAUAUUAAAAGCCUUAAAUAAAAUUAUGCAUGCUAUUCUAUGUGCUUUUUUAUAUCAGUAAAUAAGCUUAUGCUUGCCAGUUUUAUACACAAUUGAGAGGUGUAUGAAAGUGACUUUUGACAGUAUUUUUGCACUGUUUCCUAUCUGUUUUUAUAAAGUCUUGAGCUAUUGGUCCUAGUUGUGUAUUGUUUAUGUUCUCACUGCCCUUGUUAUUGCUGUAAAAUGUUUCAUAUGUGCCUUUACAAAUGUGAGAUCUUUAUUCUAACCUUUUUUGUAAAAGAUAUCUAUUGACUUCCAAAUGCAAUAAACUUUUUUUUUUUUUU